CCUCAUUGGUUCCUCCGAGCACUGCUGCGACUCGAGCAGUGGAUACUCGCUCUUCCGUGUGAUGCGGUGACUUUUGCCUGGGCUUUGCUUCCCCGCUACGUAUUCCAUUUCACAAAUUCUGAUUUCGAAAGCCCGAUUAUUUUAGAUUGCACGCGUCCAGUUCAGGGAAUUCCUGCUUGGGCGCCAAUAGACGGGAGUAUGGGAAUCAGAAGCAGAGGGCUUCGCAACCAAGAUUCUAGUAUCUAGCCCGCAUGGCUUCUAAAUUCUCGUUCCCUGUUUGCCUGUGACCUGAGGUCGCGGCGUGAGCUAGUCUCACUAUUUUCAGAUUUCAGGACGUGCGAAUUCACCUUACUCGAUUAGCCAUCAAGUCUGACUCAGCCACCGCUCAGUCUGACUCAGUCACCGCUCAGUCUGACUCAGUCACCGCUCAGUCUGACUCAGUCACCGCUCAGUCUGACUCAGUCACCGCUCAGUCUGACUCAGUCCCGUCUCAGUCCGAUUCAGACACCCCUCAAUCUGGCUCAGCCGCCUCUCACUGCGCGUCACAUGACAGCGACUAGGGUUCCUUUCACGCUCUCCCAUGUACUCGGCAUCAGGGUCUGGGUUACCAGUUACAGGGGCCGUCGGCGGGAGAACAGGAGCAGAAUUACCCGUUACUGGCGCUGUCGCAGGGAGCAGCACCACUGGAUGCAGCAGCAGCAGCAGCAGCAGCAUCACCAGCGGUAACGCCGCGUUUGCCGCUCCCUCCUACUCGCUGCACCUCUCCCCGCCUCUCCCGCGCGCUGCUCCCAAUACAGCCGGCGCCAGCACCGCCAUCAGCAUCACCAGCGGCACCACUGGCGGCGGCGGCGGCGGCGGGGGGGGGACUGGCGGCGGGGGGACCAGCGCGUCAUUAGUCGUUGAGGACCAAGGCGGCGGAACCGCCACAGUCGCGUCGGGAUUCUCCCCGCAUGUCUUUAAUCUCCCGCCGGGCGGCGCGGCGGUGGGCGGAGGCGCGUCCACGUGGCUGCAGGGCGACCACCACCACCACCAGGUGCUGAUCCCGUCCGCCGCGCACAAGCGCGCCACGUUCGUCUCGUCCGAAGGGGCGCAGCUCGCCGGCGGAAUCAGCUUCGGGAUAAGCGGCGGAAUAGGCGGCGGGAUAGGCGGCGCGAGCGCCGGACUAGGAGGGUUGAACCUAGGCGGGGUGAAUCUAGCCCCCCCAGUGCCGUCCCCCACCCCCGAAGUAAUCACAAUUACUGUCCCCCCGCCAUGGGAGGACCCCGCUACAGCGUCUUCGUCAGGGAUUGGUCGGCCAGGCCAGCAAACCCUAGAGCGCGAGCAGCCAAUCCCCGCUCAGAGCUCGAGACCGUUGCCAGAAGGGCGGGCGAAGGAACCCAAGGAGAAAGACGAGAAGGCAGAGGAGGACUGGCGGAGAGGCCGGGUGAAGAUCCCACCACACGAUUACAGCCACGUGUCAGCAGCCCAAGGGCUGUACACGUAUGUAGAGGGGCUCGGUAAGCUACCAGGACGGGCUAUACAUGCCAUAGAGGCGUCAUUAGGGUUUUCCCUGUCAUGGUCGUCAGGGGGGAGGCAUGGAGGCAGCAAAGGAGGAGCAGCAGGGUCCAAGAGACCAGGGUUCCGGCGAAUUGGGUCAAUUCCAAAGUCCCCAACAAUAACAAAGAAUAUCGGUAGUCUGACGUCACUAGCCGAAGCAGCAGCCUUAUCCUCCCCCCCAGAACCAUCCAUAACGAGUACAGCAGCAGCGCACCCGAUCUCGGGCUUCUGGGACCACCGGGUCGACAUGCAAACCCUAAGCGCGAUGCUCUUCUUCGCCCUCGUCCUAAUCCUCUGGCACUUGCGCGGAUUUCGCUUCCUCUCAAUCUUCUACUGGUUUCCCCCUGACGAAGAGGACUAUGAGACCCCUCCCGGGACCACCUGGGUGGAGCUCCUAGCUCUCUCCCUCCUGCUCCUAGGUGCUGCUGCUGCUCUUCGGUCUGCCUUCCCCCGGUUUUUCGACCGCUUGGCGCUGCUGCUGCACACUGCGUUCCCCCGCUCCCGGCUCUUAGUGAAGAGGCUGCAGAGAGUGAAACGGGUGGUGGUGAGAGCAUUGGCGGAUGGCACUGGGAUUGGCCGGCUGGGGAUUGGAUCGGGGAUGGGCCGGGGAGGUGGGGGAGGAGGAGGGGGGGGUAUUUUACCUUCCUGGGCUCAUUACUUACCGUUUGGCGGUUUGGGUGGAGGGGGAGGGGCAGCGGCAGCAGCAGCAGCAACAGGAGCAGGGAUAGGGUAUGCGGCGGGUCCUCGGCCGUUCAGAUUACGAGGGACGGGGGGGACAGGCAACUAUUCAGCUCUAGACAAGAAAUUCGCCUCCAGUGGGGGCGGCAGCUGGGAGUAUUUGGGCUACAGCCGUACAGGCAGGGGUGGGGGGAGAGGGAUCAGCAAUAAUGGUAGUGGUGGUGAUGGUGGUGGUGGCAGCAGCAGCAACGCUGGGCAUGGUGCAAGUGGGGAGAGAGAACGGGACAGGGAAAGGGAGAGAGAUAGGGAGUCUGGUUCGGAUAGUGGGGGAGGGGAGGGGUCCUCCACAGCCGCGGCCGGACCUGCAGGUGCGGCGGGUCUUUCGUCCCGUAGUGCCUCCCGAGCCUCAUCCGGGUGUGGCAUCCACGUAUACGCAAACGGGGACCGCUACGAGGGGGAGUUUUACCAGGGCAGAUGCUCGGGCAGCGGAGUAUACAUUUUCUCGGGCAGCGGGCGGUACGAGGGGGACUGGGUGGAUGGGAAAUACGACGGGUAUGGCAUCGAGACGUGGUCGAGGGGGAGCAGAUACAGAGGGCAGUACCGGAAAGGGUUGAGGGAGGGAUAUGGAGUGUACCGGUUCUACACGGGGGACGUGUUUGCGGGGAUGUGGGCCAAGGGGCAGAGCCACGGGGUGGGCGUGCAGACGUGUGGGGACGGCAGCAAGUAUGUGGGCGAGUUCGCGUGGGGCGCCAAGCACGGAUUCGGCAAGUACACUUUCAGAAACGGUGACACAUACGCCGGAGAGUAUUUCGCGGAUCGCAUGCACGGGUACGGCGUGUACGACUUCAGCAACGGGCACCGGUAUGAGGGCGCGUGGCACGAGGGGCGCAAGCAGGGCCUGGGCAUGUACACGUUCCGCAACGGGGAGAUGCGCGCAGGGUACUGGCACCUGGGCGCGCUAGAAACCCGCAGCACCAACACGCUCCCUGCCUCGCCUACCAGCUCUGCUGCGGGAAUGGGAGGAGGGAUGGUGGGCGGUGCGGCAGUGGGAGGGGCUGGGAGUGCUGGGGUUGGGAGUAUGGGCGGGGUGGUGGGAGGUGGUGGGGAUGGUGGGAUGGGAGGAGCGGCAGGGGCGCUAGGCAGUGGAGCAGGGGGAGGGGGAGGAGUGGCGGGGAUAGCAGGGGGAGCGGCGGGAGCAGCAUCAGGAUCGUCCACGGAGUUGCCAGCAGCAGCAGCAGCAGCAGCAGGCAGUGCGUUUGUGUCGCCGGUGCAGACCCCUCUGUCUGCUGGGGGAGCGGGCCUGUCCACACCUCUCACGCCGCACACGCCUCACUCGGCCUCGUCGCCCAAUGCUGUCAACCACUCCCGCGUACUGCACGCCGUUCAGGAGGCGCGGCGGGCAGCAGCCAAGGCGGAGAAUGUGUUGAGAGUGGAUGACCGGGUGUCCAAGGCUGUGUCUGCAGCGAACAGAGCGGCUGUGGCAGCUCGAGUGGCAGCUGUGAAGGCCAACCAGAGGGGGUCCAAUCACUCGUGAUGCCAUGCUGCUGAAGGUUUUAGUCGGUGCUCUAACUGUAGCUGUAGCUCUUCUUGGCGGUCUAGUGCAAUUGGCAAGUUCUCUGGUGCUUUAGUGCCAGCCUUACAGUGCAUCAGAUCAUGUGCACUUAUGGGUGGGGCUUUACUUCCUCCGUUUCCAUUGCAGCCAAGUGAUUUCAAGGCGUCCUUCAUUGUUUGUGCUGCUAUGUAAGAAAUGUGGUACCGUAUC